AUGAGUUCCAUCCUCGUCGGGAACGAAGCAUUGCAUCUCCAGUUGUCUCCCGACGUGCGCAAAGCCACUGUUCGGCGAGGCAGCUUGAUACCGGCGAUACACAAGUGGGCCGUCUCCAUCAACCAAGACAUGAUUGGAAAGAGCAACCUCCAAUCGAAACGCCAGAGUCUCGAUAUGACGGGUACCAUGGGUUAUAACAAAAGAGAGUGGAGAGAAGAGCAGAACCAAAAAGAUGUUGACAAUGAAAAGUCACACCGACGUGCUAGUCUGGAUGUGAACGUGGAACGUGCUGUUGCCUUGGUAAAUGAAAACCCAGAUCUCGAUGACGACGACGGAGAUCUGGCUCCGUUUGGAUGCCGCCGAGAUUCGCUGCUAUAA